AUGGGCACUGCUGAUAGCUAUCCUUUGCAAGGCCUUUCCCAUCAGGAUUCUAAGUUGUUGUUUGAGAAAUUUGCUUUCGGGGAUGACGCAGACAAAGCAAAUUCAAAUUUGACUGCAAUCGGAGAAGAAAUAGUGGAAAGAAGUGGCCAUGUUCCCUUAGUCUUGAAAACUUUAGGUACCCUACUUCAUAAAAACACAAUAAAGGAUGAGUGGCUGAUAAUUAGAAACAGUAUCAAAUGGGAGCCAGAACAAGGUAGAAACAACAUUCUAUCAGCGUUGAAAUUGAGUUAUGCUCAUUUGCCAUCUCAUUUGCAAAGAUGUUUGACCUAUUGCUCCUUGUUUCCAAGGAAUUUUUGUUUCAGCAGUGAUUAUAUGAUUUGUAAUUGGAUAGCGCAUGGUUUUCUUCAAUCUCCUGCUGAAUAUGAAGACCUGGAAGAUGCUGGGUUGCGGUAUUUAAAGAAAUUAUUUUCGAGGUGUUUCUUUCAAGAUAUUGAAGAUCAUGGCUAUUUAUUCACUUUUAAAAUGCAUAAUCUUACAUAUGAUCUUGUGGAGAAGAUGGCACAAGCAAACUACAGAACGGUAGAUCUCAGAAUCUUGCAUGACGACGUAAAUUCUCAGCAGUUGUGCUCGGCUGUUAUGUUUAAGCGGUUUCAGUUCAAAGAGCUGUCAGAUUCUGUAGCUGAAUUGAAACAUUUGAGAUCUCUUGACUUAUCUUGGAAUUCAGAAUUGGAGAAACCCCAUGAGGCUAUUUGCAAGCUUCUGAAUCUGCAAACCUUGAAACUUCGUGGUUUUUCAGCUCUUGAGAAUUUACCCCGAAACAUACAGAAGAUGAUUAGCCUCAGAUAUAUGGAAUUAACUAUACAGUGCGAGCGUCAACCAGAAAUUGGUACUGAAAGUUUCAAAGCUCUCCAGUAA